AAGCUGCGGCGAUCAGAACGUGGAGCAGGUUGGAAGCUGGAGAAGCAGAUUCACCAUGUGGGCUCUCGUGUUGCUUUGCAGUGUGCUCUUUACUCAAGGAGUGCAAGGUUGGACAACUUGGCAAUAUGACCAUACAGGAACGGAUCAAGUGACCUCCUGUGGUGGGUACAUGUACAACUAUAAUGACACCUUCCAGAGCCCCAACUAUCCAAACGCCUACCCAAACAACUUAAACUGCAUAUGGUACAUUAGACCCGGCGGCCAGGUUAUCCGUUUGGAGUUCUUCAAUCUCGACACCGAGUGCAACUAUGACUGGGUAACAAUCUACGAUGGCUACGACACCAGCAGCAGGGUGGUGCAGCGUCUCUGCAGCACACAUUACAUGGCCUACCACUCCACCGGCAGCUAUUUAACCGUGCAGUUCAGGACUGAUGGUAGUGUGACCAAACAAGGGUUUCGUGCCAGCUACAGAGUUGUGGCUGAGAGUUCCUGCAGGUUCAACUGUGGCUACCAGGCUGGAAACUGCUCUUGCCUCUCAGGCUGUGAAUACAGAGGGACCUGCUGUGCAGAUUACACGGCGCACUGUGGAAACACAACCGCACAACCGGAACUCACGUCACCACAACCAACAGCUCAUCCUACUUGUCGAUACAACUGCGGCUACGACCAUGGAAGCUGCAGCUGUUCCUACUCCUGUCAGUACUAUGGAAACUGCUGUCCCGACUUCCACUCGUACUGCGGGUCAACCACACAACAUCCCGUCACAGCUCGACCGUCAUGCCGCAACAACUGUGGAAGGCACAUGGGAAGCUGCUCCUGCUCCAGCUCCUGUCGAUACAACGGAAACUGUUGCCAUGACUACUACUCAUACUGCGGAUACAACACCGUCUAUCCCACCACAAGUCAGCCUUCCUGUCGCUACAACUGUGGUUAUCACCUGGGAAGCUGCUCCUGCCAAAGUUCCUGUCAGUGGAAUGGAAACUGCUGCCAUGACUACCACUCAUACUGUGAUCGGACCACUGACGUUCCCGCCACAGCUUGGCCUUCCUGUCGGUACAACUGUGGUUAUCACCUGGGAAGCUGCUCCUGCACAAGUUCCUGUCAGUGGAACGGGAACUGCUGCCAUGACUACCACUCAUACUGUGAUCGGACCACUGAGGUUCCCGCCACAGCUCGGCCUUCCUGUCGCUACAACUGUGGUUAUCACCUGGGAAGUUGCUCCUGCCAAAGUUCCUGUCAGUGGAACGGAAACUGCUGCCAUGACUACCACUAUUAUUGUGGAUUCGCCACUCCCACUCCAGCUCAGCCAUCCUGCCGAUACAACUGCGGUCGCCACAUGGGGAGCUGCUCCUGCCAUAGCUCCUGUCGGUACAACGGGACCUGCUGUCAUGACUUCCACUCCUACUGUUAUGUUGAAACAACGCCAUCAGCAGGCUCAUGUGGAGGCUCCCUGUAUGGCUCUGGCACCUUCACAAGCCCCAACCACCCCGGCCACUACAACGACAACUCCUACUGCGUGUGGCAGCUCAGGGCUGCGUACGACCAGAGGAUCUUCCUGGAAUUUUCUUACUUACAACUGGAGAACUGCUGCAACUGUGACUACAUUUCCAUCUACGACGGACCGUCUGUCAACUCAGCAUUUUUGGGCAAAGUGUGCAACAACACCCAGAACACUUUCCACUCCACUUCCAGCUACAUGACUGUGCUCUUCCGGACGGACAGCUCUGUGGUCGGCCGAGGAUUCAGCGCCGAUUUUACGAGCUCUCUGAAACCCAGCUCAGGUCGUACUGAGUGCUCCUCAGACAACAUGAACAUUAUCCUCAACAGAGCCUACCUGAGCUCUCUGGGGUACGACGGCCACAACCUGUCCCUGAACGACCCACACUGCAGGCCGCGGAUUUCCAGUUACGACGUGGUCUUCAGUUUCCCUCUGAACUCUUGUGGGAACAUCAGACGGAUUGAAAAGGGCCGAGUUAUGUACACCAACAACGUCCGUGGAUGGCUCGCCACGAGUGGCGAGAUCACGCGUCACUCUCACCUGAAGAUGAACGUCACGUGUCUGAUGGAGCCAGAUUCUGUCUCCCAGAUCACGUUUGUUGUGAGACACACGGGUAACAACAGCAUCACGGGUUCAGGUCGAUACAACACCAGCAUGGCUUUCUACACGUCCAGCAGCUUCUACUAUCCGGUGACUGAAGUCCCGUAUAUGGUGGUUCUCAACCAAAACCUGUAUGUUCAAGUGGACUUGAGAAGACCCGACAGCGGCCUUGUUCUCUUCCUGGACACCUGCAAGGCCUCCCCAUCACCCUUCGAUUUCGAGAGUAGACCCUACUAUUUAGUACGAGACGGGUGUAGCGUGGAUAACACCUACCGGCCAAUCUCUUCUGGCUCCGUGUACAGAGCCCGGUUUUCAUUCAGGGCCUUCCAGUUCCUGCGAGGCACAGAAUCUGUGUACCUCCAGUGCAAGGUCCUGAUCUGCCCCGCCUCGGACAGCAAUUCCCGCUGCCGCCGCGGAUGCAGAGGGCGGGCGGCCAGGGAGCUGGAGUCCGAACACGAGAGCCAAACUCUGGUCGUGGGUCCCAUCCAGCUCAAAGAGUCUGAGAAAGAGAAGGAAGCGCCUGAAAAGCAAAGCAAGGUCUAACUUGAUGCUGCAGAGACCUCCUCCAAUCAAACUUUCUACUCCUUUAAAUGAGAUGCUAAAUCCUUCUCUGCAUUACUUUUCUGUCUCAUUACUUGAUUAAAUGCAUUAUCAAAAGAAA